AAUCCAAACGCACUUUCCUAUCUUGUCCCGAUUUUAUUUAUCUGGAAUAAAAUGGCUAAUUCCACGCUUUGCUUUACUUUGGGGUUUUAUCUUUUCAUAUGCUUUUACAGCCAACGUGUCAUUGCAGGGGAUGCCAAUCCCUUACAAGAUUUCUGUGUUGCAGACAAGCAAAGCAACGUUUUGGUGAACGGUUUCGCGUGCAAAGACCCAAAGGCUGCUUCAGCAGAGGACUUCUUUUUUCGGGGGCUCGGGAAGCCUGGAAAUACAGACAAUGCAGUGGGAUCCAACAUAACAGCUGCGAAUGUUAAUCAGAUACCGGGGCUUAAUACAUUGGGAAUAUCUGUGGUCCGCAUAGACUACGCAGUGGGUGGAAUAAAUCCUCCUCACACACACCCAAGAGCAACUGAAAUUCUUGUUUUGAUGGAAGGUACUCUUCUUGUGGGAUUCAUUGAUACGAAUAACAAGUUUUUCAGCAAAACUUUGGAGAAGGGAGAUGUGUUUGUGUUUCCAAAGGCUCUUGUGCAUUUCCAGCAGAAUGUAGGGAAAGAAAAUGCAGUGGUCAUCGCUGCAUUGAGCAGCCAACUUCCCGGAGUUCAGGUAGUUGCAAAUUCUAUCUUUGCAGCGAAUCCGUCUCUCCCAGAUUCUGUGUUGAGCAAGGCUUUCCGCGUCACCCAAGAACUUGUUGAUUUCGUUAAGGCCAAAUUCAUUUAGGCACGUACUUGUAUUUUAAUAAACCAAAACCAACGAGAAGAUACAAUGGAGAUAUGGCCGUAAUUAUCUACUGUAAUUUCGUAGGCUUUCGACCUCAGUGUAUUAAAAGUCUUCCGGGCUUUUCGUUUAGAGUCGAUCUGUUCUAUCAAACAGGUUGUCUGCUUUUAUCAUAGAUUAGUGUAUUCACAUUUUCAAAUUUUAUUAAUAAUAAGUGCUUGAAGUUAUAAGGGAAAUUUAUAUAUAAUUUCCCUUUAAUA